AGUGGUGAGUCUUCCGGCAUCUCCUUUUUCCUCUUCCUUUCCUUCCCUUUUCCCCUUUCAUCACCUGUCUCUUCCCUUCCCUUCCCUUCCCUCUCACCCUAAUUUCCAUGCCCCAAUAGUCAAACUUCCUCUACCAUUUCCGAUCAAUGGCUAAGCGAACCCUACCCAUCCUCAAGCACUUCCUCACCUCCUCAUCUCCCUCUCCAUCUCCAUCUCAUGCCUUAACAUCCGUUCGAUCCGUUACCUACAUGCCCCGACCCGGUGAUGGCACUCCACGCGCCGUCACACUCAUCCCCGGUGACGGGAUCGGACCUCUAGUAACCGGUGCUGUUGAACAAGUCAUGGAGGCGAUGCACGCUCCUGUGUACUUUGAGCGUUAUGAUGUUCAUGGAGACAUGAAGAAUAUGCCUCCGGAUGUGAUGGAUUCGAUCCGGAAGAAUAAGGUCUGUUUAAAAGGAGGGUUGAAGACGCCUGUGGGUGGUGGUGUUAGUUCUCUUAAUGUUCAGCUUAGGAAAGAGCUUGAUCUAUAUGCUUCCCUUGUUCACUGCUUCAACUUGAAAGGCCUUCCUACGCGUCAUGAGAAUGUUGAUAUUGUUGUUAUUAGGGAGAAUACUGAGGGCGAAUAUUCCGGAUUGGAGCAUGAGGUUGUUCCCGGUGUUGUAGAGAGUCUCAAGGUGAUGACAAAGUUUUGCUCAGAAAGAAUUGCUAAAUAUGCCUUUGAAUAUGCAUACCUCAACAAUCGGAAGGUAGUGACUGCUGUGCACAAGGCAAACAUUAUGAAACUUGCUGAUGGUUUAUUUUUGGAGUCUUGUCGAGAGAUCGCAAGCAAAUACCCUGGGAUCAAGUACAAUGAGAUAAUUGUGGACAACUGUUGCAUGCAACUUGUAUCAAAGCCUGAGCAAUUUGAUGUUAUGGUCACCCCUAAUCUCUACGGAAAUCUGGUAGCAAAUACAGCAGCUGGUAUUGCUGGAGGCACAGGUGUUAUGCCAGGAGGCAAUGUGGGGGCUGACCAUGCCGUGUUUGAGCAAGGUGCUUCAGCAGGAAAUGUAGGAAAUGAAAAGAUACUAGAGCAAAAGAAGGCAAACCCAAUUGCCUUGUUUCUUUCAUCAGCCAUGAUGUUGAGACAUCUGCAGUUCCCUUCAUUUGCAGAUAGACUAGAGACUUCAGUGAAGCGUGUUAUUGCCGAAGGUAAAUACAUGACCAAAGAUCUUGGUGGAGACUGCACCACCCAAGAAAUCACGGAUGCUGUCAUUGCAAAUCUGGACUAAUUUCUAAACCCACUCCCAUAUCUUCCUUACUCGAGAUUAGUCAUGCUUCAACAUGUUUUUAAUUUAUCAUCCUUUCGACGACUUCAAUUGUUCUCUACUUCUCUUGGUGCACCAUGCCUUUCAAGAUGGCACACUUCACAAAAUAACGUGAAUCUCCCAUGUGGAAAUAGUACUGUAAGAAAACAGGAUUUUACAAGCUUAUAGCCAUUUAUUUCCUAUAGAAUGUCUUUUUUUGUAAUGAAGGUGAAUAAAUUUGAUUCCAACUUUUGUGCUUGAGGCAGACUUCCUCACAAACACUUUGUAUCGCUUGUUUGCCAAAAAAAUGUCAAAUGGUUCAUUUGUUUGCUCC